AUGAAACAGUCAGGCGCCAAUGUCAAGUCUAAUGAAGAAAGCGUAAUUCCCAUUUCUGUCAAUAGCACAUUAUCUUUGGCAUCAAAAAUUGCAAAAAUAUUGCCCACUGGAAUCCUGUUUGUGUUUCAGGCUCUUUCUAAUCUUCUCUCCAAUAGUCAAGGAUGCCAAACAUCAGAUAAGUAUUUAGUAGGAGUGGUUGUGGGUAUUCUUGCAAUAGCAUGCUUCUUCUUUUCACUGGUAGACACCUUCACAGAUGCCUCCACAGCUAUAGCAGUUUUGGUAUUUUGUGUGAAAGCCCUCACAGACCAAAAUGUGGUGCAUUGUUUAUAUCCAUCUGAAGAAGCCAAUAUACAGAAGAUAUACCAGGCACUUCUUGUUGCGCUGGGUGCACUUAGUGGUGUCAUAGUUGUUAAGAUUCCAUCCAAAAGGCAAGGAAUUACUAGUCCGGUGACCACAACAUGA